AACCCUGUAGUUAUUCAGCACAAAUGAUUUAUCAAGAAAUUAGUUUUCCAUUUUUGUAAUUCCAACGCAUUGGGUCACAUCGCCCAAAAGACCAAACCCAUCUAAAGUGGCCAGCAACGCGCGCCGAUUGCAUCCGGGUGGCAACUCCAGCAGAACGUUGCCGAGCUGCGAAACUGUGCAAAAGCAAAACGAAGAGAACGCAGCGCAGCCGAAAAAAAUUGAAGCAGCACUGCACGCGAUAUAUUUUGUAUUUUCAAAGGUUAAAGCCGCAUUCAAAGGCAUCCGCCGAGCGCAAACGAAGUGCAAAAGUGCCGGCCAGCCACAACAUUUAGCAGCCGCAAAGCAAAAGACUGAUUUGAUUACAAGGAAUUAAGAGCAGGUACGCGAGGAUUCUGCCCCUGCACACUGAAUUGAACCCUAGAUAACACGGCAAACUGCAGUCGACGGGGAAAAGUCGGGAGUUGAAGGCUGGGCAGCAGCAGCAUCAGCAGGAGGGACGGACGACGAAGAACCACCAAAACAAAGCGGAAAAACCAGGAGUCACCACGUCCAGCAACAUGGAAGAUCUUCUCGUGGAAGUUCGGCUCGACAAUGGCGCCUACUACAAGGGCCAGGUGACAGCUGUCGGCGAUGAUGGCAUCUUUGUGGAUGUGGACGGCGUGCCCGAGGUGAUGAAAUAUCCAUUUGUGAACGUCCGCCUGCCGCCCGAGGAAACCGUGGAGGUGGCCGCCCCAAUCUUCGAGGAGGGCAUGGAGGUGGAAGUGUUUACGCGCACAAACGAGCGCGAAACCUGCGGCUGGUGGGUGGCCAUCAUCAAAAUGCUCAAAGCGGACAUCUGUGCGGUCGCGUACAUUGGUUUUGAGACGCCCUACACCGAAAUCUGCGAACUGGGCCGUCUGCGCGCCAAAAACUCGAAUCCGCCAAUUACAGCCAAGUCCUUCUAUCAGUUCACGCUGCCCGUUCCCGAGGAGUUGCGCGAAGAAGCCCAGAAGGAUGGCAUACACAAGGAGUUUCAGCGCACAAUCGAUGCCGGCGUCUGCAACUACAGUCGCGAUCUGGACGCCCUGAUCGUCAUCUCCAAGUGGGAGCACACUCAGAAGCGCGCCAGCAUGCUCAAGGAUAUGCAUUUUCGUAAUCUCUCACAGAAGGUUAUGCUGUUGAAAAGGACUGAAGAAGCUGCUCGUCAGCUCGAAACGACUAAACUGAUGAGCCGUGGAAACUACGUUGAGGAGUUCCGUGUGCGUGACGAUCUCAUGGGCCUGGCCAUCGGCUCGCAUGGCUCGAAUAUACAAGCGGCACGCACGCUGGUCGGCGUCACCAACAUCGAGCUGGAGGAGAAGUCCUGCACAUUCAAGAUCAGCGGCGAGACCGAGGAGUCUGUGCAGCGGGCCCGCGCCAUGCUCGAGUACGCUGAGGAGUUCUUCCAGGUGCCCAGGGAGCUGGUGGGCAAGGUGAUCGGCAAGAACGGACGCAUCAUCCAGGAGAUUGUGGACAAAAGUGGCGUGUUUCGAAUCAAGGUGAGUGCUAUCGCUGGCGACGACGAGCAGGAUCAGAACAUCCCACGCGAGCUGGCGCACGUACCCUUUGUGUUCAUUGGCACCGUGGAGAGCAUUGCGAAUGCCAAAGUGCUCUUGGAAUAUCAUCUGUCGCAUCUGAAGGAAGUGGAGCAGCUGCGCCAGGAGAAACUGGAGAUUGAUCAGCAGCUUCGCGCCAUCCAGGAAUCCUCCAUGGGCUCCACACAGAGCUUCCCCGUGACGCGGCGUUCUGAGCGCGGCUACAGCAGCGACAUCGAGUCCGUGCGCUCAAUGCGCGGCGGUGGCGGCGGUCAGCGUGGACGCGGACGCGGACGUGGCGGCGGCGGUCCUGGUGGCGGUAACGGGCUGAACCAGCGUUACCAUAACAAUCGCCGCGACGAGGACGACUACAAUUCGCGAGGGGAUCAUCAGCGCGACCAGCAGCGUGGCUACAACGAUCGCGGCAGCGGCGACAACAGCGGCAAUUACCGUGGCGGUGGCGCCGGUGGGCCCGGCAACAACAGGCGCGGUGGCGUCAACCGCCGGCCGCCACGCAACGAGCAGCAGAACGGCAGGGACUAUCAGCACCACAACCACACCGCCGAGGAGGUGCGGGAGACCCGUGAAGUGAGCAGCGUGGAAAGAGCGGACAGUAACUCAUCGUACGAGGGCAGCUCGAGGAGGCGUAGAAGGCAGAAGAACAACAAUGGGCCAAGUAACACAAACGGAGCGGUGGCCAACAACAACAACAAACCCCAGUCGGCGCAGCAGCCACAACAGCAACAACCGCAGCCGCCGGCGCCUGUGAACAAGGCGGCACUGAAUGCCGGAGAUGCCAGCAAACAGAACAGCGGCAAUGCGAACGCCGCUGGCGGUGCGAGCAAGCCGAAGGAUGCCUCACGCAACGGCGACAAGCAGCAGGCGGGCACACAACAACAGCAGCAGCAGCAGCCGCAACAGCAGCAACCAUCGCAGGUACAGCAGCAACAGCAGGCGCCACAGCAGCAGCAACAGCAGCCGAAAGCGCGACGCAACAACAAGAAUCGCAGCAACAACCACACGGACCAGCCAACCGGCCAGCAGCAGCUGACGGAGAAUGUCAAAAAAGAGGGCCUGGUUAAUGGCACGUCCUAAGCCAAUUGGGCAAAGCGGUAGCAGCAGCAGCAGCAGCAGCGGUAGCAGCAACUAACAGAUGGGAAGAACAACAUGAACAUGAACACAAAUUGCACAUUGUUCAACGAAGUAACAAUGUUGUGAGCGCAGCGGGGGCAGUUUUAAUAUUCAUGUUGAUGUCAUUGAAUAUAACCGCCACAUAACACAACAAACAACAACAACACAUCCAAGCAACAGCAGACACUAGAACAACAACAACAUCAGCCAGAACAUCAGUCACUAACAAAUUGUUUGAGAAACUAUAUGAGUAACUAAAAGAAGGAAACGAAAAAUUAAAAUACAUGAAAUAUGUAACAAAUGUAAAAGCAUAUACUAACACACACACACAGAUACACUCACACACACACACACACACACACACACAGUUCGAAUUAUACACAAAAAAAAAAAAGAAAUAAAAGAAAAUUCAUGCCUAGGCUUAUAAUUUGAAUUGAAACUAAAAAAGCUUCAAUAACAAUCAAAAUGAAUUAUAUUUAUGUAUAAAACUAAUUCAAAGGCAAUUAUAAACAAGCAAAACGAACGAAUCGAAAGGGAAACAUUGAAUAUGAAAACUAAAACUUUAACUCUAAUCCGGGCAAUUAGCGUAGUUUUUCGAAAGGAAAAUCUAAAGAAAACCUGGCAGAACGGGCGCUUCUAAAGCGCCCUUUGUGUCGACUUGAAAAGUUUCUAGUUAUAUGCAUAUUAUAAUAAAACGAGAAUAAUAUAAUUGCAUUUUUUGUUUUGGUUAAAUUAAUUUUAAUUGAGUCUGUCAUCUGUUUUUUUUUGUGUAUAAUUCGUGCAUGCAACAACUUAAUCGCCAAGCAGGUUUUUCGAUUUUACCAUAAUUUUUGUAUUAUUAUUGUUUAGUUUACCAUUGUAAAUGCCAUGGCGCGCUUAGAAGUUGCCUAUAAAAUUUAACAAAGUGAACGAACGCGGCUCCAGACAAAAGCCAAGACAAACAAAUCGACUUGCAAGUGAAUGUUGGCAAUGGACAUGUUCGUCUUGGGCUUUUGCAGCGUUAUAUUGUUUAUUUUGUUCGUUACAACAUGGAAACCCUCUCUUAUUUGUAUAAUGUUGUAUUUAUUUUCUAUUAUUAACACAUCCCCACCCCACACUCAGCCGCAUACACCAUCAAAAAACACUAAUGUCAACUCUCACAUACACGCUCGCUCAUACAAACAAUGAAAGGAAAACUCAUUGAUCUUGAUUUUGUUUUAUAAAUAUAUAAUUUACUUCGCCAAA